GUCCAGCUCCAGCUGCGCUGCCAUCCAACCAACCCAGCCCAGUCCAGCCCAUCCCAGCAUCUCCUGUGUCUCCAUCUGUGUCUGUUGUUGUCAUCAACUUCCGUUCGUUCUCAGCAACUGCAUCAGAAUUAGACUCCAUCCAACGCUCAUCAACGGCCAUCACUCAACUCAUUCACCUCACAACCCCGCUUUCCACCUCCCAACCACAACCACAACCACAACCACAACCACAACCCAACAAUCAAACCAAGAUGGGCAGCCAAAAGCGGAUAGCGAAGGAGCUCGCCGAACUCACCGAAUCUGCCCCCGAAGGCAUAACCGUCAAGCUGGCCGACGAAUCCAACCUCUACAUCUGGAACGUCUACAUGGAGGGACCUGAGAACUCGCCCUACCAGAACGGAACCUUCCACCUAACCCUCACCCUCCCCACCGAAUACCCCUUCAAGCCGCCGACGGUCUCCUUCCGGACGAAAAUCUACCACCCCAACGUCACCAACGACGACAAGGGGAGCAUGUGCCUGGGGAUGCUGCGCGCGGACGAGUGGAAGCCCAGCUCGCGCAUCGCGGCCGUGCUGCAGUUCGCGCGCCAGCUGCUGGCCGAGCCCAUGCCGGACGACGCCGUCGAGGGCCGCAUCGCCGAGCAGUUCAAGGGCGAUUUCGCGCGGUACGAGGAGGUCGCGCGCGAGUGGACGCGGAAGUAUGCUAGUGGGCGGGCCUAGGGGGGUGGGGUUU